GCUGGUCGCUCUCAGGCGAGCUAUUUCAACGCCGGGGCCCGCGCGGGAUCACAAAGUGGGAUAUGCAAUUUUACUUUUCAACAUGAGCUUUUGGUCAAGUAUGUGAACCUUUUUCUUCGGACGAUCUUUUCGGAGGCUACAUGGACCAGCUUCUGCAUUUCACACAACGAGUUUGCGCAUCUUCACUCGGACCUCAAUUUUCCAGGAUCUUUGAAUUACACCUGCAGCUUGGGCCCGUUUGACCAGGGUCGCCUUUGGGUUCAACUCCCGGCGGAAUGUCUUCCGCAUCUUGAGCGGGUUCCUCCUCCUGACUCUACGGCUGAUCCUUCACUCCGAGGGGUUCUAGUCAGUACUAGGCGCUCUGGCUUCUCCUUUGAUGGUCGUCUUCCGCACUGCUCGGAGCCGUGGUCGGGGGAUCGCUGGGUGAUCACGGCCUACACUUCAGCUACCUGGCAAUCACUGUCGGGGGUGGAUUCACAGCGGCUGGCGGAUCUUCAUUUUCCAAUGCCGGCCAAGGAGGAUUCACCGCUUAACCAAGUGUUGGGGCCGGCUCCCGCUUUGCCGAGCCCUCCAGAGAUUUUGGAUCUACAGCAGGUUCAGGGCAAUCUCUUCGUUGAGCUUUUUUCGGGUUCAUCUCGGCCCUUGUCUGCGGCCUUUUUGCAAGCUGGCACAUCGGUGAUGUCUUUGGAUAUCCUUCGCAGCGCGACGCAUGACUUGACGAAGGACUCGGUCUUCGAGCUUCUCCUUCGCUUGGCUUUUUCGGGUGCGAUAUCUCUCCUGCAUGCAAGCCCUCCCUGCAGAGAUUACUCAAGGUGCAAGUUGCGCAAAGGCCCGGGCCCCAAGCCUUUGCGCACGCCGGCUCACAUGGAUGGCGUACCGGGCUUGUCUUCUGCGGACAAGGUGCGCUUGGAACUCAGCUCACAACUCAUGUCUCGCGCAGUGGAAUUAGCCCACGCCACUUUCAAGGCCGGCGGCCACUACACCUUUGAGAAUCCGGCCAACUCGAUGAUCUGGGACGAGCCUGCGGUUCGCCUGCUACUUCAGAAGAGCAGUGCCGAUGUCAUCAUUGUCUCUGCCUGUGCAUACGGUUGGGAUAUUUACAAGCGCUGGGCUUUUGCAUCCACUUUCCGGGACAUGCAGCAGCUCGCCGCUGACUGUCGCCGCCCGGACGGCUCUCAUGCCCAGGUGGCUGGGAUUUUGGACUCAUCCGGAGGCUUCAUUUCUCAACAGACUUCGGAAUUUCCGGAGCCGUUGGCAGCUAAGUACGUGUCCUCGGCUCUCCCACUUUUUCAAAAAUCCGCGAAUCCGGUGGAUGUGUCCCUGGACCAACUCUUGCAAUUAUUGCCGACCAAAGGUCAAUUUGAUCCCCCUUUUGCACAUCAAGAUGGGGCUGGCAUCUUCUCGGUUCCAGACUGGUCAUUCCCUCCUUCGGGCUCCGUGGACAAGCUGGGUCAAGUCCGACAGGCUCUGAUGUCCAAGCUCUUUGCAAUGAAGGCUCCUCUUCGGCUUCGUGAGCACGUGGCCUCCAAGGCUGAGCAGCCUCUUUUCUCGGAACAGGAGGUUGCAGAGUUUCGUGCGGUGUUUCAAGAAUUCCUGGAGGCAUCUUCCGGCCAAAGGGUGGACUGGUCGGUGAAACCUCACCAACCAUACGCUCUUCAGGCUUUGCGCCAACUUUCGGAAGUUCUGGAUGACCCCGAUUCCUCUUUGUUCCCAACGUUGUUGGAGGGCGCCCCGUCAGGGUACUUUCAGGAUAUUCCUCCCAGUCGGGUUUUCAUUCCUCUGGGAAGCGAUUCAGCACCUCCGACAGAUCAGCUGGUCGUUCACAAUUCCAAUUGGAAAGGUGCUCGGGACAACCCGGAGGUUUUAGAAUCUUUGAUCCAAGAGGAGCUGGCGAACGACUACAUCGAGGAGGUCUCUCUGGUGGAGGUUCGUUGCCUUUCAGACCUCCAGGCGGGAUAUCCACUUCGGGGUCCGGCUUCGAUUCUAGGCGUUUUUCCCCUGGACGUCAAGGCAGCUCAUAAAUCCAUUCUUUUGCGCGAGAGGGACAGAGGUCUUGCUGGCAUUACUUUUCAGGACAGGACUUUCUUCUACAGGGUCAUGCCGUUCGGCAUGUCUUGCAGCGCAUACUGGUGGCAACGGUUAUCAGGAUUCCUGGUAAGGACGUGGCACAGCCUUCUAUGGCUGAGCCACUUCCUUAGCAUGUACGUCGAUGAUCUCAUCUUGGCGAUGCAGACUGGGGCCUUGGACAUUUCGGCCUGUUUGAUCCUGGCAUUUGCGGCGGUCUUCGGGGUUCGCCUCUCAUGGCCUAAAUUACAACUGGGGUCCUCGGUGGUCUGGAUCGGAUGGAGCCUGAACUACCGGGCAGGGACAGUUCAGGUUACUGCAGCAAAAAAGGAGAAACUUUCACGUGUUCUUCGUCCUCUUUUGGGAGAGGGCAGAGUGGAGCUUCGGGACCUUCAGAAGGCACUGGGAUUGCUUCAGUGGCUCACGCAAUUACACGUGGAGCUGCGUCCUUGGUUGUCAGUUCUGUACGAUGACGCCACUCGUCCCCCGGCUACAUCUUACUCCAUUGAUCCUGCUUACUGGACGCAGCUGUACGCGUGCCUGAGCGAUGCCUUGGUUUUCAUCACCGUCCCUCCUGGCACAGCCAUUCCUCUGGGUUCCAAGCUAAUAAGCGCUCGCCACGUCGACAUCGCGUGCAAGGCUGAUCUACGGAAGGAUUGUGUCAUGGCGGCGGACGCUUUCGCUUCGGGAGAGGAGCUUGGCAUUGGCGGCUUCAUCGAGUUCCCUGGCUCAUCACCGAUAUGGUUCAGCGAAAGGUACAACUUGUCGGACUUCAAGUACCUUGAUCUGCCUCUUCAUCGCGAUGCUCAGAGGGACAUAUCCUGCUGGGAAACUCUGGCUCAAGUGGGCCUCAUGCUUCUUUUUGCUCACUUUUGUCCGGGUGGCCGAAUGCGAUUGACACUGCCUUCUUUUUCAGAUAACACAGGCGCGGAGGCAGUUUGCGCGAUGGUCAGCACUCGUCUUGGCAUUCGGCCGGACGUCCAACACAUUUCUGGCGAGCGGAACGUAGAAGCGGACCUUCUUCCCGUUGGGAUGAGCAGUCUCCUCUCGGAGGGCGUUGGGAUCUUGAUAUGCGGUAUCGCUUUUCCGUUCAGGAUUUCUUCGAUCAACGGCAUGAUGUCAGACUUUUUCCUUCGGAUGCCAACAUCCUUUGGAGGCUCCCACGCUGAGCCUGAGCUAUGA